GUUUGUGACCGCCGCGGCCUACGGCCCUCCUUGAAGCCUCGGCCUCGCCUGGGCGCCUCGCCUGCCUCCCCGCUUCCCUGCACGGCCGACGAAGGAGCAGCGGGGCCAUGGCUUCGCGCAGCGCCGGGACGCUCCUGACCCAGUACAACGCGGCCUACGUGCCGCCGGGGCUCAUGCCCGGGUAUCAUGGCCAUGUCCCCAACGUGGCGUUUUCCUUUGCGGACACCUAUGGAAACACCACCAUGAAGUACUUCCAAGAUUUCCGAAGUGCCCUCAUGGAAACCUGCCGCGGCCCUUACAGCAAAGGGGGCCAGUUCCCCACCCUCUUCUCUCCCGACCCAGGCCUGGUGAUUGGGGCAAGGGCCAGGGGGUGGGACCGCUGGCUGCACACCCCCAACUACUCUCGCUACAAUUUGGAUAUCAACCGCACAGCAGAACUGAAGGAGUUCUACAAGCUUGCUCAGAUGCAUCGCGAGCACUACAUGGACAAGACCGGGACGGUGCACCCGGUUCCGUAUUUUGUGAUCCCUGUGAAGGAGAAGGAGAAGUACCCUCACCCUCUUGACCUGUCUUGAUCCCUCUUAGCUCUUUUCAAAAAGCAGCACGUCCUACGGCCCUCCCGCCAACCCUGAAUGCUUCCCUCUGAUCUCCUGGGAGGACCCCUCUCCCCCCCCCCAUCUCCUGUCCUUCCCUCGAGGCUGAUGCUCACAACAGCUUAACCCUGGUCUGGAUCACUCCAAAGGAGAAAUGGUGGCUUUCCUCAGUGGUGGAUGAAGCAACCCGGGGUUUCCCGGAGAUGUUUACGCUUGGAAACCAUGGAGGGGCAAUCUGUGUGCUUGUGUGAGUGUGUGUAAGAGAGAGAGGCAGAUUAAUUAAGAGAAGAGAAGGCUGGUAAAAAAAAUAGUACAUAAAGAUUCGCAUAGGGGCAGGGAGGAUAGGCGUGCAGCCUGGAACACAGGACCUGUCUGGAGAGAGCUAGCAGGAAAUCACACCGUUCAAGGGGGAGUUAGCUCUUUACUAGCAAGAACGUGAUCUGACUUGGCUGAGUGUCAGGCCUAAUGAGCCUAGCAGCUCAUCCCUGGUAGGUCUUGCCCCAUGGAUCAGUUGCUGAGACUGAAAGUCCCUGUCCUCUCCAGGGUUGCCCCCAAGCAAUCGGAGACUGUGUCUGCGUGAAGCUGACUUCGCCACCCUCUUCAUACCUCUUCUGGUUCUGGGAGGCAAGCGGGAAGGGGAGCUUGUUGCAGCAGGAGGGGGAGACCCCCCGUGACUCUUCACCAGCCUGACUCAUCUCUGCUUCUUGGCCUCCCUCUUCCCCUGCUUCAUCUUCUGCCUCUGAUUCCGGACUUCUCUCUGCCACAGACUCCCCCUGCUCACUAAACCCUGUUACCUCUCAAGCUUCCAACACCACCUCCUCCCAGCCUUCUCCUUCUUCUCCCUCUAACCACCCAUCAUUUCUCAGCUGAUUCCCCCAACCGUUCCUCUGUAUCCAACCAGUCCAUGACAGAAUCAUAGAAUUGUAGAGUUGGAAGGGACCCCAAGGGUCAUCUUGUCCAACCCCUGCAGUGCAGGAAUCACAACCGAAGCAUUUGUAUGAAGCUACAUUACUCUGAGCUGGGCCAUCAGCUCAGCUAGUCUUACCUCGUUUGACAGGCAGCAGACCUCCAGGGUCUCGGGCAGGCAGGGCAAAAUCUCUCCUAAGCCCCCCGGGGCCUUCUGCAUAUACAGCAGGUGUUCUGUCCCUGAGCUGAGAUCCUUUCCCUCUGCAUCUUGUGCCACUUGCUCAGGUGUCAUGAUCCGGGCUCACCGACCUGGAAUAACUCCAUCUUCUUGGUUCUAUGCACACAAUAAUUGGAGCAGAAUGGGAUUCACCUUUCGCCAAAGCAAUGAACUGAAACGGAGAAAUCCCGUCUCUUGCCUUGUGCUUAGAAGGUGUUAAUGGACAACUAACCCACCUUACGCGAUCUUAAGUAGGUGGCCUUUUAGAUUACAACGGGCCAGCUCAUGGGUUCUAGCUCAGCUCUCUCGGCACACAAUGCUGGCUUUCCUGACAAACUUUCCGUCACUUUAUUUUAUUUUUAUACACACACACACACACACACACACACACACACACACACCAUUCAAAUGCCCCCACAUUUAAUCCCUUGAGCUCAGAGGGUGAUGGAUCUGUGGUUCUGGCGCUUGUCCAGGGUCCGCGUUUCCUUUGGAAUGAGGCACAGCAGAAACUGGUGUCUUUAGGAUAUAUGGCUUAUUUACACAUGUCUACAACCCGAGCCUACGAUGGAAGGGCUCCCAGAAUUCACACCCCGGGAAGGUCUUGCUUCUCCCAUGAACACAGCCUUGGGUUGCUGCAGAAAUCAAGCAUGGCUCUGUCGCUCUUGGUUUGCAGCCUGCUGCUUUGCUUCUCGCUCACAUCACUUCAGACCCUCUGCUCUCAACUCUGGCUUUGUCUUUCCAAUGGCUUCACCCAUUUGGCAUCUCACAUAGAGCCCCUUCCUUUGUUCCCCUUAAUGGCCCAUCAUCUCACUGGGAAGCUAGCCUGGCUAUUCCAGGAAUUAGAAGGGAGCCUAGGCUUUCAGCCUAACCCAGGGGCCAGCAAACUUUUUCAGCAGGGGGCCGGUCCACUGUCCCUCAGACCUUGUGGGGGGCCGGACUAUAUUUGGGGGGGUGAACGAAUUCCUAUGCCCCACAAAUAACCCAGAGAUGCAUUUUGAAUAAAAGGAUACAUUCUUCUCAUGUAAAAACACCAGGCAGGCCCCACAAAUAACCCAGAGAUGCAUUUUAAAUAAAAGGACACAUUCUACUCAUGUAAAAACAUGCUGAUUCCCGGACCAUCCGCGGGUCGGAUUGAGAAGGCAAUUGGGCCGCAUCUGGCCCCGGGCCUUAGUUUGGAGACCCCUGGCCUAACCCCUUGCCCCUCAAACACAUAACACUGUGGAUCUGGGAGCUCCCCACUUUCUCAUCUCGCUUCCGUUUCUAGCAGGGAACAGGGUCUUCCCUCCCCACACAAUCAACUUUGUUUUGAGAUGCCUCUAGGCCACCCCUAGACAAUGUCGUUGGGCUCUCAGCUGCGUGUUGUGCUUGAAUGCAUCGUUUGAAGGCAGCAUUUACGCAGGGUUUUUAUUGCAAUUGUAUCUUUGUAAUUCAUUGUGAAUGUAAUCUGAUUAAAAUUAUGGUGUGAUUUUGUUGUACCCACCGGGAGUGGGCGGGCGAACAGUUGUAGGAGAACAGCUGUAGGUGGUGAGCAAGUCUUUAGAGUUAGCAAGUAAAGAUCUCCUGGUCGAUAUGAAGAAAGGUCUCCGCCUCUUGGAUGAGGCUUCUUGCUCUCAGGACACACUCCUCAUUUGUAUUUCUUGUGCAUUCCUCUCUGAGACGAUGGUUUGUUUCCUGAACCCUCAUGCAUGUCAUUUUCAUUCAUAACCUGAAGCUGAUUCAUGUAAGUCUAAAAGAAUUGCAAAAGCCUGUUUGAAAAUCCUUUCCCUCCCUGCUCCUGGCUUAUCUCUGUGCAUUGCUUUGAAUAAAGCUCACCAGCCUUUGCCAGCAAGGCCUUCUUCCAUCUGUGUGCG